AUGGAGUGUAACAGUACUAAUGGCAGCUCAGGGUCAGAGACCUGCCACAGAAUGUCUGUAUUCAGUGUCCUCAUUUUAACUCUACUGGCUAUGCUGGUUAUUGCUACCUUCCUAUGGAAUGUACUAGUGCUGGUGACCAUACUGAGGGUCAGGACUUUCCAUCGGGUUCCUCAUAAUUUGGUGGCAUCUAUGGCAAUAUCAGAUGUCAUGGUGGCUGCCCUAGUGAUGCCUCUAAGCUUGGUCCAUGAGCUGAACAAUCGGCAUUGGAGACUGGGUAGAGUGCUCUGCCAGAUCUGGAUCUCCUUUGAUGUACUCUGCUGUACAGCCAGCAUCUGGAAUGUAACAGCCAUUGCCUUGGACAGGUACUGGUCUAUCACAAGACAUUUGGAAUAUACCUUGAAGACUAGAAAAAGGAUAUCUAACAUCAUGAUCUUGCUGACUUGGCUUUUAUCUGCAGUCAUCUCUCUGUCUCCUCUUUUUGGAUGGGGAGAAACCUAUUCAGAAAUUACUGAGAAAUGUCAGGUUAGCCAAGCACCUUCCUAUACAAUCUUUUCCACCUUUGGAGCAUUUUACCUUCCACUUUGUGUGGUUCUGUUUGUCUACUGGAAAAUCUACAAAGCUGCUAAAUUCAGAAUUGGAUCAAAAAAGACAAAUACAAUCACCCCAAUGCCAGAAGUGAUUGAGGUCAAAGAAGCAUCUCACCAGCCUCAAAUGGUCUUCACAGUCCGUCACGCCACUGUCACUUUCCAGACAGAUGGAGACACAUGGAGGGAACAGAAGGAGAAAAGGGCAGCGCUUAUGGUGGGCAUUCUCAUAGGGGUCUUUGUUCUUUGCUGGAUUCCGUUCUUUAUUACUGAACUGAUUAACCCCCUGUGUUCCUGUGACAUACCUCCCAUAUGGAAAAGUAUAUUUUUAUGGCUGGGCUACUCAAAUUCAUUCUUCAAUCCUUUGAUCUAUACAGCCUUUAACAAAAACUACAAUAAUGCUUUCAGAAAUCUCUUCUCCAGGCAGCGGUGA